AAAAAUAUAAAACAGUCAUGGUGUCAGGGUAUAAUGGUGUUGUGAUAUAUACGGAAUUACACGGAACGGUUGCCAUAUUCAUAUUUAUAUAUUAACAUUAUAUACAUACAAUAUUGUAGACCCCAGUAUUUUUGUUAGUAAAUUGAUCUUUAACAUAUCUUUAUCAUAUCAAAUGUAUCGUACCUUAAAAGUUAACAUCACUAUUUAAGGACUCAGCACUAGUCGAGUGUACACACGCAUAACUCGCUUUCUUUAUUGGACAUGUCGAUGUAUUAUUACCAAAACAAAACAACAAUAGGAGUUACCUCUUAAAAGAAAGAAAAAACAAAUGGAAAAGAACAAAACUAGAAUUAUAAUGGCUCAAAUAAAACAAAAAAAGUAUACAAUUAAAAGAAAUGGAUAUAAAUUAAGAAAAAAACACAAAAUAAAAGCAUUGGAAAGAUUAUAAGUCGAGUGCUUCCAAUGUUCUUAGUGCUUCUUGUUAAGAGUAAAUACAAAUGCCUUUAAUACUUUUUUAUCUCUUGUAAAAAAAACAAGUUUGCAGUUAUAAAAUUUGCAUUUAUGUAUAUCAAAUCUACAAAAGUGCAGAAUUAGAUUUAUUAUAAAACAAGCAUUUAAAACUCCAUUAAAAAAAUCAAAAAAUAACAUUUUAGGACAAAGAUAUACAAACCAACAUAUUUCCAAAAAAGUAUAUUUGCACAACCAAAACAUUUCACUGUCAUUCUGACAUAACAUUUUUGUGUCAAAAUUAGAACUGCAUUUUUUCUUAGAAAUUUUGUAAUUUAUAAAUUAUGAAGUAAUUUAAAAUAAAAUUAUUUUACUAUGUACAAACUCGAAUCUAAUGUGUCAUCAUCAAUCACGAGAGUCAUAGGGGGCGGGCACAGUAGUACAGAAACAUCACGUGGCCAACUCUUGAUCAAUCAGAGUGCAGGAACCGUUGCGUGACGUAGGCAGGACGAAAUUUGAACGUCUUUCUCGAGCUGCCGUUGUGAAGUGAGGAAAUAAGGCGGACACCGGAUUUACAUGCGGAUAUUUAACGAAUAGCACGGUUAAAAACACGGUUAUCAUCAAAAAAAUGAAGUUUAUUUGCAACAGAACGAUUUUAUUAACCGUUAGAGAUGUUUGUUGAUUUGAGUCGGGUGAUUUUUAUUUAAACGUUUGAGGCGGAACUGUGGGGAGAAUAAACGGACGGACCGCUUGGCUUUGUGUAUUUAACACACAAUCCGCUUUUAUAUUUGACCUUUAAUGCUAUAUUCAUCAGUUUUACUAUAUUAAGGUGAUUUUAAAAAGUUUUAGUGGUCACGAUGAAAGUUUUAGAGAGGAAUGUGGUUCGUUUGGCUGUAGUUCAGCAUCUUCGGUCGGUUUAUGGAAUCAAAAUCAAGAACUGGAACAAAAACAGAAACAAACAGACUUCAGCAAACUCGGUGAGAGUUUUUGGUGUCGCACUUGAAAGUCUGCCACUCUGUCAUGUGUUAGACUAUGGAGACGUGCCCUGCUUUAUAGUUGAUGUUUGUACGAGUCUUAUGGAGCAUUUGGACACAGAGGGUCUCUUCAGGAAAUCUGGUUCUGUCGUUCGGGUCAAGAGCCUCAGGGGCAAACUGGACCAGGGUGAGGACUGUCUGUCCACUGCUGUCCCUCUGGACGUCGCUGGACUUUUAAAACAGUUCUUCAGGGAGCUGCCAGAGCCGAUUCUCACCACAGACCUGCAGGGUGCUUUUGUGAAGAUCCAGGAGCUGGCCACAGAAGAAGAGAGGACCUCAGCUACGAUUUUGCUGUCCUACGUGCUGCCCGACAGAAAUUUAAACACACUGCGCUAUUUCUUCAGUUUCCUCGAGAGCGUCUCUCUGCGAUGUGCUGAGAAUAAGAUGGACAGCAGUAAUCUGUCUGUGAUAUUCGCUCCGAAUCUUUUUCACUGUGGAGAUGGAGUAGAGAAGAUGAGCAGCAGUACAGAGAAGAAACUCAAACAUCAGGCGGCAGCUGUGCGGUGUCUUAUUGACAACGCUACAUCUCUGGGUGUUGUUCCUCAGUUUCUCAUGGAGAAGGUCCCAGCAAUGUUGGGCUGUGAUCCUGGCAUGUUCUCGCCCUUUUCUGUGUCUCUGGAGGACAACAACAGUCACUUGGACGUGAAGAAAAGCAACAGACGCAGUUUAGGAGACGUUGUAAAUGGAGCUCUGAAUAAGUUUAAAACUAGCAGAACUCCAACAAAUACCCCACAGUCUGACCGAGCAGUUUUCUCUACCGCCACUCCUGUCAUCAUGACUCCGAACUCGAAGCGUAAGCUGCCUCAAGAGUCACAAACUCACAGCUUCUCCAACAAGAAACGUAGGUCUAUCAAGAAGAACCUCGGUCUGGAGCUGUUUCCUAAUGCUCUCUUUGGAGGAACAUCUACGCCUGGAUCAACUCACAGUGCGUCAGGAGUAUUGGACUCGUCUCACAGCGCUUUACUCUCUUCAGUGGGCAGAAACACUCGUUCAUCCAGGAGGAAGAGUAACAGACUGCGCGGUCGAAGCGUGAGCAGAGUUGAGUCAGGAAAGACGGGCUGUUUCUCCCCCAGAUGUGCUAAAAAAGAGCCCACACGGAAAUCCCUGCGUCAGCGCUUCAGUCUGGGAAAAUCCAGUCGAGAACCUACCAUGAUUACACAUUCACAACUGGGGCCAAAGGGGUCAGAGGCCAUAGGUUGGCGUCUAGCGACACAAGAGAGCUCUUCGGGUUUUAACUUCACCAAAGAAUCUGCGUUUAGUCCGGCUGUUUUAAACAAGAGUCCUUCAAAAGGCUCCAAGUUAAUGAGUAAGUGUGAGUUUAACCUGCUGAGUCCACCGUGUGAUUCUUCAGAUCACAGGAGUUUAUGGAGCGGACAGACACCGGAUGUGACCUUCAGCUUCCCAUCACAUUCAUUCUCUGAUACACCUGUGAGCGAAUUCAGCUCUGAACCAUCCGUGACUGUGAGCAAACCUCUGACAGUCCAUCAUCUACCCAAGAGCAUCUGCAGCGAUCCAUUCAGUGAUCCGACACCAGCUGCCUGUGAUGAUCCACAACGUGAUCUCACUCCAAACUCACUGCCCUCAGAAAGCAAAUUCAUAGAAAGUCGUCCUGUUUUAGACUCUGGUAAAAGCACGGUAAAAGAUGAUGAUGUGACAUUUGGGGAGUUUGUUCCUUUGUCACCUCUACAUAUAGACAGCACAAUGUUUGAGACUGAACCGGCCCGUGACGGGUCUCUGUGUUUCGAAGAUGAAAGCCAGCGUUACUUAAACGAGUCGACUGUGCGAUCUAAAGACUGCAGUCAACUGAUUGAUGCUCUGGACAUCCAAAGUCCUGUGGCGUUCAGACCUGACACAUCCAUCAGGGUUCAGUCCACCCCAUACACAUCUAGAACCCAAAAGACAGAGGAAACGUCCCCCUUAAAGGCGUCUGACGGGCUGCACACAGAGAAACUCACACACAACUCUCCUGCUUCGGUCCAAAGCCGUCGAAUGAAAGUCGCCGACCAGAUUAAACUUUUCAACAUGAUGACGCUGAAUUCACCCAAAGACAAAGUGAUCCGAUCUCCCCUGAAGUUCCAGCGGACGCCCGUCCGUCAGUCUGUCAGAAGGAUCAACUCUCAGCUUGGAACGACGGGCUCGUGUGCGGUCCGUUCUGUUACGAAGGCCGUGAGUUUCGAGAGCGGUUUGUGCGUUGGGGCGAGGCGACAGACUGCAACCGUAGACGACUCUCACCAGCAGCCUACAUUCAUAAAACCCAAACCUCUAAAGAAAGCAGCGGUCACACGUAACACCGCAUUAGACAACAUCACGAAUAAAGCACCAAAGGUAAAGAGUGACACUAAAAACACACCGACUGAUCUGCCUGUCAAAUCUGCCUGUCUUCAUGUGGAUAAGAGUGAAAUGAAUCAUUAUAGAGGUUCACCCAGAAACCCCCUGACGGAGACCAAACUACUGUCAGCCAUGAAGCCCAUUAACCUGUGAAACAUCAACUCUUACAUUCAGGGCUCUUAAUUUAUUCUGCUGGGGUGAAUGCUGAUUGGUUUAAAGGUGAAUGAUAUAUUUUUUAUUAUUUUAUCAUGUUCAAACAUUUUUUUUCUUUUAUUUUGAUGGUUUGUUUUAGAUGAUUGAUUGAUGCUGGAGUUAUGUUCAUGACUUUGUUUAGAGUAAAAAUGGAUGCUUGUCAAUUAGAUUAGAAAAAAGUUCAAGAAAAAGUUUUGUUAUUUGAGUUUUUUUUAUUUAUAUUUUAUGCAAACGUUUGAUUUUGUUGUUAAAAGUCUUAAAAACACCGUUCUCAUGGUAAAGCAAGAAAACUGUAUGAAUAUGUCGAGCAGUAUUAUAAACUUCUGUGCUGUCAGUUAUUUACUCUUGUUGCCUUAUAUUAUUUACUUUUGGACAUAAAGUUGUCAAACUGUUCAAUU